UUGAGUUUUGAGUUUCUCACUGCAACUAGAAAAAGUUGUUUCAAUUAUUUACCUUUAUUUCCUCCCAGUUAAAAUAUAAAAACUAAAUAAAAAUGUCAACAGAAGAUUGGCAAAGUCCUAAAUUUCGGCAAAGUGUUGUUUUUAAAAUCAAUGAAAUGCUUCAGACCACUGGAUCUGAUCCUUCGAAAAAUGCCACCGUAAUGGAGAAUCAUAUCUAUAAGAAAGCCCGCAACAAGGAUGAAUAUCUUGGUUUGGUUGCUAAGUUAUUUAUGCAUUUCAAAGAAAUGGUUAGCCGAAGUAGCACAGCGGGGAAACCACAACAACCACCCAAUGCUGAUAUGGGUAAUUCUAAUGUGAUGCAAGAUCCACUCAAUGCACUACAGAACCUCGCAACUCAGGGUAAUCGAAAUACCCAGAUGGGCCCAAUGGGAGGUGGUCAACCGAAUCAAAUAGCACCUGGUGCUGUUGUCGGUGUGAAUGCAGCUGCAUCAAAUCUUCUACAGAGUCUGAAUCAGCAACGACCUGGUCAGCAAAUGCAGAAUAUGCCAGGCAUCCGCAAUCAAAUGAACGUGCCGAUGGGUCCGAAUGGCCCUCAAGGUAACGCCGGUCCCAAUAGCAUGGUCCCUCAAAUGGGAAAUAACAUGGGCAAUGUAAAUCUCAACAUGAUGGGCAAUCAACCCCAGCAAAUGAAUCAAAUGGGAAUGCCUGGACAAAUGAACCAAAUGGGAGGCAAUCAGAUGCAAAUCAAUGCAAAUAUGCAAGGUCAACCAAUGGGCUCCAUGAAUGUCCCUCAAAUGCCAAUGAAUUCAAUGAAUCAAAAUCAAAUAAAUAUUGGUCUGAAUCAUCCGCAAUUGAAUCAGAUGAUGACACGAAUGAACAACAACGCACCGAUGAAUGUUGGACCACAAGCUGUCAAUCAGGCAAUGCACAAUCAAAUGAACGCCGGACAGAAUAUGCCAAAUAUGCCGCAACAGGGGCAAAUGCACCCGAAUAGUGUCAAUGCUGGACCACAAGUUGGAAUGCCUCAAAAUCCUGGACAAGGAGGAAAUAUCAAUCAAAUCAUCAAUAUGCCAAACAUGCAACAGAAACAAAACAUGCCCAUCAAUCAGGGUGGUGCAAUGUUCCCUGGAAACCGUAAUGUUGGACAGACACAGUUCUUGCGUCAGAGUCCAAGUCCUACGGUUGCUUCGCCCGCUGGUAUGGGUCAGCAAAUUCCACAAACGCAACAACAAUUGCAGCAGCAGCAAUUGCAACAGCAGCAGCAGCAGGCUGCCGCACAGCAACAAGCUCAGCAGCAACAGGCUCAACAACAACAACAGCAGCAACAGCAACAACAACAGCAGCAACAACAACAGCAGCAGCAACAGCAGCAGCAGCAACAACAACAGCAGCAGCAACAACAGCAGCAACAGCAGCAGCAACAACAACAGCAGCAGCAACAACAACAGCAGCAACAGCAGCAGCAACAACAACAGCAACAGCAGCAGUCUAUCCUACCCAAUCCGCAGAUGAUCCCAAGUCCUGCAUUGGUGCCCUCAUCAUCUCCACAAAUGUCCACUUUGAUGAGUAACAAUCCACGAUCCAUUCGUCAAUCCCCAAAUCCAAAUGCUCCUUUAAACACUCCUGGACAAGUUUCAGCGACCAGUCCAUACAACUCCCAGGAAGACAUUCUCUAUCGAGAAAAAUACAAACAAUUGACCAAAUACAUUGAACCUUUAAAGCGAAUGGUUGCCAAAAUAGGAAACGACGAUGUUGAAAAGAUUACAAAAAUGAGUAAGCUGCUGGAAAUUCUUUGUAAUCCAUCCCAAAGAGUUCCUCUCGAAACCCUUGAGAAGUGUGAAAUCGCUUUAGAGAGAAUGGACAUUGUUUCCUCUUAUGGAACACAAUUUGGGAAAUCUACAAAUCCACUUGUGGAUGUCAUAAAUACAACUCUCCAAAGUCCUAUUGUCAAUCACACAAUGCAACGAACUUUCAAGCCCAGUUUAGAGCUACUCUUUGGCACCGAUAUCAGUGCUCCAACCCCAGCUAAACAGGCUCGUCUCCAGCACGAGGAAACGCCACAAGAUAUUCCUCACGUUUUGCAAGGUGAAAUCGCACGUUUGGAUCAGAAGUUUAAAGUUUCUCUAGACACGUCUUCUCAGAAUAAUAACAAAACAAUUAAAUUGAUUUGUUGUUUAGAUGAUAAACGUUUACCAUGUGUUCCACCAGUUAGUGUUAAUAUUCCAGAGGAAUAUCCAUUCACAUCACCAAACUGCUCUCUCACAGAACAAGAGUACUCAGCAACUCCAUUUUUAUUGGCCGUUCAAAAUGCACUCAUGGCAAGAAUUGCCAAGCUACCAAAGUGUUAUUCUUUGUCGCAUCUAUUGGACACUUGGGAGAUGUCAGUGCGUCAGGCGUGUUCUCCAAAUGCUGUUGCUAUUAAUGAUUUUACUUCUUUAUUUGGAAUGUAGACUUAAAUAUAGACCAAUAGUUAAGAGUACAUAAAUAGAAUAUUUAAACUCUAUUUUUUAUUUUGAAAUAAAUUAUAUAACAAAUAUUAAUAUGUAUGUAUAGAAAUGAAUAUAUAUACAAGGGCAUUAUGGAUAAAACAAUUUUUAAUAAAUUAAUUUUAAGUCGAAAAUUCAAUAAAUUAGAGUGUAUUUGGAAACCUUAAUAA